ACGUCACACGCAACCCGGACAUGUUACCUCAGGCAAGGGAAGCCGAGCGAGAGUGCAAAAAGCGGAAGCUAGGUUAGCCGCUAACUCGCACAAGUUUGUAACAUGGCUCUCGGGGACUGCUGGAAGAACUUGUCGUGGUUCUACCGCCAGUACCUUCUGGUGACGGCUCUCUACAUGCUGGAGCCGUGGGAGAGGACCGUCUUCAACUCGCUGCUGGUCAGCGUGGCGGGCAUGGCGGUGUACACGGGCUACGUGUUCAUGCCGCAGCACAUCAUGGCCAUCCUACGCUACUUCCAGAUGGUGCAGUGACCACGACUUGCCGGACCGGCCGCCGCGUUGAGGAGGCUUCGGCCGCCGCCUUGAGCGACGUGAGCGCUUUCGGUGGACCGAUACAUCCUUCCUGAAAAAGAAAAACAACCAGUUACGUUAAACUGAUUUUUGUCCUUCAUUUAAGUCAACACUGUUUGUGGAUGUUGUGUUACAUCCCAGUUGUUUGUAUUUAUCGCACGAAUAAAUGUCACGUCAACAACAAAAAA